AUGCCACAGGUGAUGGACAGCAGCGCUCAGGGCAUCGACCUCCAGCACUGGGGACGAGUGAUGAAGGCUGUGUCAGACAACGUCAGACUGCUGCUUUCCCGGGACAGCUCCCAGGACCUGUUGCGGUCCCUGGCUCCAAUGGUCCAAGCCGGGGGUCCCUCCUCGCUCUCCCAGCUCAUGUCCAGCGUGUCGGCCCUGUUCUGUGGGUACCCAGAAGGAGGGGGCUCCAGGGUCCUCUCCUUCAACUGGUACGAAGACAACAACUACAAGGUCUUCCUGGGCGUCAACGGGACCAAGAGCCAGAGCUAUGUCUAUGAUGAGACUGCAACCCCGUUCUGUAAUUCCCUGAUGGAGAGUCUGGAGUCAAACCCAAUCACAAAGAUAGUGUGGAGCUCCGUGAAGCCGCUGCUGAUGGGGAAGAUCUUGUACACGCCGGACUCCCCUGCAGUGCACCGGAUACUCAAGAGCGCAAACACCACGUUCGAGGAGCUGGAGCGGCUCAUGGUGAUGUUCAAGUCCUGGGAGGAGCUGGGGCCUCAGAUCUGGACCUUCCUCCACAGCAGUGUGCAGAUGAACAUGAUCCGGGACACUCUCCGCAACCCCACGGUCACACACUUCAUGGACAACAGUCUGGAGGGGACCGGGUUUCGGACCGCAGACAUCCUGAACUUCCUGCACAGUGGAUCGGAGGAGGAGAGGGAUCCCGGAAUGAUGAACAUGGACUGGAGAAACAUCUUCAACCUCACGGAUCAAGUCUUUCACACGAUCAACCAGUACGGACAGGGGCUUCACAAUGGAGCGGCAGCAGCUCUGACAGCAGCCUUGUUUUCUGUGUCUUUCAACCCUCUGCUGGGGAAGUGCCUGGAUAAUGGGCUGUGUGCUGGAGCUAAGUGGCCCCGGAGUUUCAAAGAGCCCCGACCGAGAUCUGGGCACUAG